AUGAUGAAUAAUGUUUCUGUGAUAACAAUAUUUUACCUUUCAGGUUUAAAUGACAAAAUUAACCACAGAUUGAUUCUCUUCUCUCUCACGUUACUGUGUUAUUGUGCAAUCCUGCUGGUAAAUAUUUCUCUUAUUCUGACCAUCAUCUCGGAUAAAAAUCUCCAUGAACCAAUGUAUAUUCUGCUGUGCACUUUUUGCAUUAAUGGACUUUAUGGGACGACAGGUUUCUUCCCCAAAUUUCUGUGGGAUCUGCUCUCUCCUGUUCAUGUCAUCUCUUACUCUGGUUGCCUUGUCCAGGCUCUAGUAAUGUACUCUUAUGCCUGCAGUGAUCUCUCUUUUCUUGCAGUAAUGGCGUAUGACAGAUAUGUGGCUAUAUGUCGACCGCUACGGUACCACUCUGUCAUGUCAAGGCAAAAACUCAUAAAGUUAAUGUGUUUCUCUUGGUUAACACCUUUCUGCAUUAUAGGCACAAAUAUUUAUCUAACAUCAAGACUGAAGUUAUGCAGCCUAUAUAUUGCCAGACUCUUUUGUGUGAAUUGGAUUAUUGUUACACUUGCUUGUUACCCAGCAGAAACUAUUGUUAACAGCAUAGUUGCAUAUAUUACAAUACUGAUUUAUGUAUUUCAUGGUUUUUUUAUUGUGUGGUCUUACAUAUGUCUUCUUAAAACAUGUGUGAGUUCUAUAGAAAACAGGGCAAAGUUCAUGCAAACAUGUGUGCCACAUUUACUCUCCUUGACCACUUUUCUUUUGACUAUUCUUUUUGAUGUUAUGAAUAUGCGAUUUGGUUUAAAAAAUCUACCUCAGCCAUUUAACAACUUUCUUGCAAUAGAAUUUCUCGUCAUACCUCCCCUUAUGAAUCCUCUAAUUUAUGGUUUCAAAUUGACCAAAAUUCGGAACAGAUAUCUUGAUGUUAUUACUUUUAAAACAGUUAAACUUAGUUGCUUGUUAUGCCGAAGAUAG